AUGUUCAAAUGGCGAUUUGCUCAAGCUCUUCGUGAAAACAACGUCAAAAAAAUCGAACUAUUACUAUACCAAUAUAUCUACGCGAGUUCUAGUGCUAACCUGGACUUAUUCAGAAUGACCAUCCAGAUGAGAAAAUUGGACAUCUUCAUGAAAUUAUUAAAGUGGAUUCCGUUCGAACAAACAAAAGCACCGGGCCUUAUACUUCUUGCUAUCGGAAGCCGCUGGAAAUGCAACGAUGUGCGAAAACUUGCAAAAAUACUAAAUGUGGUACCAAGUGACUCUAGUGUUUUUGCUUCUAUCGUGCUUGACAGACCAGACAUUCUCCAACUGCUCAUCGAAGAGUUUAAUGUGCCCUCGAAGCAGAAAAGUCAAACCGGUGAAACACCAUUGCAAGUUGCGACUCGGCUAAAUCGUAUCAGGUGUACCACUUAUCUGAAAACGAUCGGUAUGAAGAAGACGCAAAAGGAAAAGGAAAUGGACCUUGCCUAA